AGUUAAAGAAUAAAAAAUGGAAACAUGUUCGUGAUGCAUAUUUAAAAUAUAUGUCUGAAGAAAAAAAUAUUAGAAGCGGAUCAGAAGCAACACAAAAAAAACCGUACGCGUAUGCACAAAUCAUGUCAUUUUUAAAUACAACUACUAAAAAAAGGAAAACGACCGAUAAUUUUGACAAUGUAGAAGACGAUACAGGACAUCACUCUUUAAGUGAUCUAGAUGAUGUUUCCUCUGAGACUCCAGCAAACAUUUCAUCUAACCUGAUCAACUAUAAUAAAACACCAAAAAAAACCAAAAAUAAUCAAAUUACUCCAUUUCAAAGUAAUUUACUUGAUCAACUGAAAAAAAAUCAAGAAAUUACAUCAAGUUCAGAAAUGAGUAUUGCAAUGUCAUUUCUUCCUUACUUAAAAUUAAAUUAAAUGACGAGCAAAAAUUAGAAUUUCACUUAAACAGCCUUCAAUAUUUAAAAAUAUUUUAAAAUAUCCAUAUCCACCCGUACAGCAAAAUAUACUCCAUGAACCACAACAUCACUAUCCCGUUCCAACUGCUCCUAUACAUCUUAAUAACUAUAAUACAAUGAA